AUGGCUAUCUCAGCCGAAACCAACGAACAGCGCUUGAACGGAAUUUCCAAAACUAAUGGCCGUACUCCAAGCUCUAGCCAACCUUCCGCCGUCAAUUCCGCCUUCGUUCUGAAGGAGAAGGGCCACUUCUAUUACGAAGAUCGACCAAAACCAUCACUCCCGUCCGAGGAUUAUGUCAUCGUCAAGGUCUGCUGUACUGGAAUUUGCGGCUCCGAUGUUCACUACUGGACACAUGGAGAGAUCGGUGACUUCAAAGUCCGCCAGCCUCUCGUCCUCGGCCACGAGUCGACAGGAAUUGUCCAAGAGUGUGGAUCCGCGGUAAAGACGUUGAAGCCAGGAGACCGCGUUGCACUGGAACCGGGAACUCCCUGCCGGAGAUGUGAAUUUUGUCGUGCUGGACGAUAUAACCUCUGUACCACCAUGAAGUUUGCUGCCACACCACCAUACGAUGGGACACUGGCGACAUUCUACACCCUCCCAGAAGACUUCUGCUACCUAUUGCCAGAGCAUGUUACUUUGGAAGAAGGCGCUCUGAUCGAGCCUCUCAGUGUUGCAGUACAUUGUGCUAGGCUAGCUGAUCUUUCUUUUGGGCUCUCUGUCCUGGUCCUGGGCGCUGGUCCGAUCGGGUUGCUUUGCUGCGCGGUUGCCCGAGCAUAUGGAGCCUCAAACGUCACCGUGGUUGAUAUCAACGCCGGCCGCCUCGCAUUUGCAAAGGAUUAUGCCGCCACGGCCGUCUACCAAAUGAACUCCGUCUCAGCCGAUGAAAAUGCCCGUCGGAUAAUGAAAAUGCCUGGCUUGACUGACGGGGCUAAAGUUGUCAUUGACGCAACUGGAGCUCAACAAUGUAUCAGCACCGGAAUCCAUGUAUUGAAACAUGGUGGUAUUUUCAUUCAAGCAGGGCUUGGGGCAGCCGAGAUCGCUUUCCCAGUCGCGCAGCUGUGUUCGAAAGAAGCGACCUAUCGUGGCAGUUUUCGCUAUGGUCCUGGCGACUACCAAAUGGCGAUCGAGCUCUUGCAACAACGGAAACUGAGUGUGAAGGAGCUCAUCACGGACAAGUUCGACUUCGACCAAGCAGAGAUGGCGUUCAGGCAUGUCGAACAGCGUCGCGGCAUAAAGACCGUCAUAUAUGGCCCAAACAACACACUAGGGGCAUACCAUGGGUCAACCCAUGCAGAAACCCAGAACUUUCAAAUCAGGUCACCUGAAUAA